CUACCUUCAAGGUCUUCUCUCUCCUCCCUCUCCUCUGACUCUUUCUUCCUUCUUCCAUAAAUUUUCUCUCUCCCCCUACUUCCAUGUUAGUCUUACAGAUCUAGUCCAAGAAAUUCUCAUGUGUCUAAGAAAUUAUCUUUCCGCCUCUUCUGAUAAUUUCAGAUCUUCAUCAAACUAAUUUAUGGUUUUCAAUACUUUCAAUUCAAUACUUUCACCCUUAAAAGUUUAAGGAUUUUUUCGUUAAAAGGUUGAAAAAUCUGGAGUUUUUUUUUCUUUUGAUGCAAAUUUGUAUUUUUUGGUUUCCGAUUUUUUUGAUUUGGUAAUUUUUUCCAUGAUAAUAAGAUUUGAAGAAAAAAACAAAUUGGUUUGAUAUUUUCAAUUUUGAGAAUUGAAUUGCGAAUGAACGGUGUUGAACCGUUGAAGACAAGCAAGUGAUUCGAGUAGAGUAAUGGUGGUAAGUUAUUAAUGGUCUUCUAUAUUGGAGUUCCAUUUAGGUAGUGUUCUCUUCACCUGAAUUUGACUUAUCUUAUCUUAUCUUAUUGGCCCUGAACUUAUCUUAUCUUAUCUUAUUGACCCUUAUCUUAUCUUAUCUGAACUUAUUGACUCUUAUCUUAUCUUAUCUUAUCUUAUUGACCCUUAUCUUAUCUUAUUGACCCUUAUCUUAUUGAAACUUAUAGUGUAACCUUAUGUGAUAUUUACCUUAUCUUAUCUUAUCUUAUCUUAUAUUAUCUUAUCUUAUUGGCCCUGAACUUAUCUUAUCUUAUUGACCCUGAACUUAUCUUAUCUUAUCUUAUUUUAUUGGCCCUUAUUUUAUCUUAUUUUAUCUUAUUUUAUCUUAUCAGACCUAAAAUAAGUGAAAAUAGCAGCUACAGAAGAAAGAGGAUAUUUGGGGCUCCAAUAAUGUCACUCUCAAUACUUUAUUAAAAAACCAAAGAAAAGAAAAGGGAAAAAGUCAUACUUCUACGAAGCAUUUGGCCAUAAGUAAAGUUGUUUGAUUCAGUUUUGAAAUCUAAAACUAAAACCAGUUUUCGGUUUUUUAAAAACUAAAAAUUCAAAAUGAUACCGAACGGACCCUUAGUUAUAAAUUUGGUCUGAAAAUAGCACGAAAAGCCCGCUAUUUUUUACCCGAGUUACCGGAUUUUGGUCACACCAAAUCGGCCCAAAGCUUGGCAUGGCCCGGCCCGACAUAGUGGGCAAACUUUUAUUGUGGCGGCCCGCCCCAACCGUCUUUUGAUCAAGUCUACUUGUAAUAAUAAUCCGUGCUUGAACACAAUAAAUACCUCAGACAAUUAUAUCCUUAUUUAGAGAUUAGUCCAGAAAUUAAGUUUCCAAAUUGCACAUCGUUUCAGAUUAUGAAUGUACUCCGUAUUAUUCAACUAUUACAAGCUUAAUGUUCAACUAAUGAAGUGUUGGCUUAGUGGUUAAGAUUGAUGAUCUUUGUAAGCCAAGUCUCAGGUUUAAAUCCCUCAUACUUUGUGGCUUAUUCGCACAAAAAUAUGAACCAGCUGAAAAUUCGAUCUGAAACCCGUAAAAGGUGGAAUUUGGGUAUCCAUACAAAUUCGAUAAAUAAUGGGUUGGGUUGGGUCGAAAUCAGGUCGACCCAUUUGUAACCGGGUUGAGAUUUUCCCACCCAACCCGACCUGUUUAAUUAAACGGGUUGAGAUUUUCAACCCAACCCAACCCAACUAUAAACGGGUUGACCUGAAGUUGACCCGUUUAAUUUAUUUUUCACUUUUAAGUGUAAAUUGACUUGACUAUAGAAUUGCGAGAUGAUGUUUUUGUGGUAUAUCUCAUAGCAAAAAAUAAUACUUCAAUAUGUAUUUGACAUAAUCAAAACGUCAAAUAAUUGUUCAAUGUUGAAAGAAAAAUGAGAAAUAAAAUCUUUCAAAUAACAUUCUACAGAUCUAUAUUACAUACUUGCUUGAACUUAAACGGGUUAGGCGGGUUAUUUUCGGGUUGAAAAUUUCAACCUGACCCAACCCAUUUAAUUAAACGGGUUGGGUUGGAUUGACCCAUUUAAUUAAACGGGUUGAAAAUCUUGACCCUACCCUUUAUCAUUGGGUUGGAUUCAGGUUGGGUUGGGUCAAUUUUGCCAGCGCUAAUAAAUAUAAUCUAAGUCUGAAUCCGACUUAAAAAAUCCGUGUCCCAAUAAAGGUGGGUCGGACAUGAAAUUUAUAAACCGAUUUGAUCCGACCCGUUAUCCGAUUGUUGUGAGUGUUGGGGCUGGGUGGAUCCGAGUAUCCCACCCGCUAGAUAUCUGUCACGUCAAGUGUCAACUGUCAAUUACCACAAUAACAAUUGUAUAAAAUAUUCCCCUUUUCCCAAUUUCGUAAAAUUGUCUUCACCAUUUUCAAUUUCAUUCUUGACAAAAGAAACCCAAAAUCAUUCUCAUUUCUUGCCAACUGCUUUCCCAAACCUCCAAUUUCUCCCUCUCUCUCCUAAGAAUCUCGAAUCAGAAACCCUAAUUCUCCAAAGAAUCAGAACAAUUACAAACCCUAACAAUCAUAAAUGGGCGAAUCUCAUACGAAUCGUCGCAUUUCUGUUCAUCAAGCUCUCGGCGCUGGCCCUGUGGCAGACGUGCUAUUAUGGAGAAAACGUUGUGGGAGUAUUGCAUUGCUAGUUUCAUCAACAUCAUUGUGGAUUCUUUUUGAACGUGCUGGUUAUAAUCCUCUAACUUUCGUCGCUAAUGUGCUUUUACUCCUUGUUGUCAUCCUGUUUUUCUGGGCCAAAUCCGCUUCUCUUCUCAAUAGACCUCUUCCACCUGUCCCUGAUUUGGAAGUAUCUGAGAAGUCGAUCGAGCAGGCGGCAGAUGUGAUUCGAGUUUGGGUUAAUCGUGGAUUGGCUGUUGGUCAUGAGAUUGCCGUUUGUGGGAAUUUGAGGGUUCUUUUUCAGGUUGCGGCAUUGUUAUGGUUGAUUUCGUUUAUUGGUAGUUUGUGCAAUUUCGUCACUUUUGUCUAUAUUGGAUUCCUUCUUACUCUAUCGGUUCCAGUGUUAUACGACAAGUACCAAAGCCGUAUUGAUGAAAAGCUGCAAGUGGCAUGUAGAAUCAUUGAAUCAGGUUACAGAAAGGUUGAUGCAACUGUUUUGAGAAAGAUCCCAGUUUCAUUGUACAAGAAGAAGAAAACUCAGUAGGCUGAAGUGAGAAUUUUCAAGAUGUUCAAGAUGUGCAUACUACACGAUAUUCAAGAUUCGCCGUAACCGGAGAUUGUUUAAUGAGUGACUUGAUUUUUGCUUUACAAGGAUUUUAAGGAGUGGGUAAAAUUUGUAGCUGGAGAUUCUUUGGCUUUACGGCUUUUGUUCCAGAACUGAGAAAGAGUGGAAGAUAUGUUUUAGGUGGUGAUCUGGAGAUCAUCACUUCCUCUGAUGCAGAUAUUGGAACACCUUAGUGUAAAUCAUCAAUAUUAGGUUUGCUUUGUUGUAUUUUCUCAGUCACCACAUGAAGCCGGAAAUAGUUGAGCGCCUUUUCAUGGCGAAAAUAUAGAUUAAUAGUUGAAUAUGUAUUGCUAACUUUUCUUUUUCAUUUUUCUGGAUUGAAAUGUGUGGCAGUCUAGCAAAGCUGUAGGAGGACAUAAUGAUACCUUCCCAUAUUUUGUUUGGUUAGGUCUUUGCUUGUAUAACCUAAAAGAUCCUCUCUCUCAUCUCAUUUUCUUCUUUGGAAA